AUGGUUAUUUCAUACGUAGGCGGAGCGACCGCACAGGACGUAAAGAUGAUAAAUGAUGGAAAUUGCUUUGUUUCCGCAACACCAAAUACCGAGCUUGCCAUGGCCGCUGGACGUCCUGUUUGCUUCCGCCCCGAUCUCCCCAGUAUUGAGCUGGAGUUGACUGUCAUUCCGCUACAAGUGGCAGUGUGA